UACAAUAUAUACAAAAUUUAAUUUACAACAUAUACACUAUGGUUUUGUUAUUUAUAAGUAGUAUAUACCUUUGCUUUCUCACUCUAACAUAAAGUAAGUAUAAACAGCAACAUAAGACUCACACAAAGCAGAUAGAUAUACCAAUACUACAUUACACAGGUAACUAUACACCAAUACUACAUUACACAGGUAACUAUACACCAAUACUGACAAAGUCAAUGUAUAAGUCACUGUAUGAAAUCACUGCCUGGAUACAGGGAUCAUGACAAGGUUCGUCCACCGCGGUCUGUAGUCCUCGGUCCCGUCUCUCCUAUUUGACGACCUUAACCAUAACUCAUGUGCUGAUGGGCCCACAAAGAUAUCCAUAUGAGAGGUUUCACGUGACGACCAGUCAGUCCAACUGACAUAAAGUGUCCACACAGAGAACGGUCCGUCCACAUAAAGUAUUCACUACCCCGGUAGCUAUACAGCACACAGCACUUAGUUCACACAGAACCUAAAGAUGUGGUCCACACAAGACGGUCACCAUAAAAAUAGCUACUACCUCUGCUAGUUCUUGCAGCCCUCAUAAGAGGAUUAACAGUGCUUGCCUUUCACUAUUGUCCCAUAGUAGAAGCACAAUCUGUAGUUGGUGCUUGCUUACACCUUCUCAAUAGCGAUUGAGCAAAUCUACGUGUGGCUACUCAUGGCUACCUGUUGAUCUCUAAUUGAAACCCGUAGACGGAUGACCAAACUCCGGCUUAGUAAAAUAAUAUUUCAAUUACCCAUGUUAUCAAUGAAAUUAGGUUAACAUUAACAAAAAUAUAUAUUAGUGUUCGUGACAAUUUGGGAAAUCUGAUAAGGCUUGUGAAUCAUAGGUCUCUGUCAGUAAUAUCAUGUUUAUAAUCUAGAAUUGGGAGAUACACAGAUAAUUAUAUGAUGUUUUUAAUUGCGUUUUGUCUUGGCGUCUUCGGUCUGUUGAAUACAUUAUGUAUGAUGGCCGACCAGAUAUAUUAGGCCUAUCCCUGGUAAUGGUAUAGCUAUCGACCCGCCGAUAUACCCGGAUAGUAUGGUGUAUCACGAUAACGCCAGUCUUUCCAUUGGUUAUUUUUGUCAUUCAGAUAACACGUAUCACCGAACAACCUCUUGUUUCAUUGUGUGGUUUUAUAAAUAACUCCCUGAUAUCAUAGUGUUUUGGCUUCACCUGGUCGUUUAUUUAAUCAAACAAGGAAGCAGUUUUCAUCACACAGAGUAUAUCUACCUCUCUGCUCGGCCGUAUCCACGAAAAGAGUAACACCAGCGGAGGUUGUUUUAUUCUUAAUUGUCGUUUAGAGGUCGAGUAAGGACGUAUAUUUUGUAUUCACGUGAAAUUUGAUGCAGCAGCUGUGUUGUCUCCUUGCACUAGUAGGCACGUACCGAUGCAAAUCUAAUAGAUGUACUUGACCCUUGCUCCAUACACAUUUCAAAAGGCACCGACAGGAAGACGUGAUUCGCACUUACGUGGAUAUUUGACGACUGUUUCAAUUGGAGCAGUUUUAUAAGCACACCGUUAACAGGGUAACUGCUAUUUGUGUUUGCCUGUUGCAUCGUAAAUCACACAGCCGGGCCGUUUAUGGCGUUUUAAACACUCACAGCAUGUUAGGCAGGUCAAAGUGUAUUGAUUAUUUGUACGGAGAUACCCGAUUGUAAGAUAAGAUUGUGGCUUACCUCAGCAGAAGGACUCAAAUGUAGGUACACGUCGAAUGUUGAAGAGGUCGGUCAUGAUGUAAUCAUUACGAUGUGUUAUUAUACUGAAGUGUAAGUGAAACAAGACUUUAUUGCGGGAUACUAGCAUGGGUGCUUCACAGAGCGUAUUCAGUGAGGAGGAGCUUCAAGAUUACCAGGAGCUGACAUAUUUUACGAAAAAGGAAAUCUUGCAUGUGUUUAAGAUUUUCCGAGAUCUAAGUCCAAGAGAUGUAGACCGGGACCGCAAUGUCAAGUUGAAUGAGGAUCUGGUGAUGUCCCUACCGGAACUCAAGAUGAAUCCAUUCAAGGAUCGCAUAGUGAGGGUUUUUUCUUCAGAAGAGGGUUGCCUGACCUUUGAAGAUUUCUUGGAUAUGAUGUCAGUAUUCAGUGAAAAAGCUCCAAAAGAAAUAAAAGCACAAUAUGCUUUUAAGAUUUAUGACUUUGAUGGCGAUGACGAGAUAUCACGUGACGACCUAAAGAAAAUGGUGCUACGUCUAUGUCCCUCGCAGAAAGAUACGGAACUAAAAAAACAAGAAGUUGACAGAUUAGUCGGCGAGAUACUAAAGGAGGCUGACCUAGAUAAUGAUGACAGGCUCUCAUUUUCAGAAUUUCAACACGUCAUCUCGAAAGCACCUGAGUUUGAGAGCUCCUUCAGGAUACGGCUCUAGUUCCAGUGGAUAUAUAUAAAAUUGUGUUUUUUACAUACCUUGAAAUGUUCUAAUAAGAGCGUAUGCUCUCGGGCGCCAAAGGCGCCCGAGCGAAGCUCUUUAAUGGUAACACAUGCGUGCGUAAAGAGAGUUGCUUCCCCUUACUACACCUUGCCUUUUCAUUUAUUUCGUCCAGAAGUAGACUUCCAGUGUGGAAACAGGAAGUGAAUCCUUGAAGCAAAGACAAUUGUGUUUCAACCAAUGCAUGAAUAUCUGCAUAUAGUGAAAACAAUGUUCAUGUUUUA